AUGACUUCAAUAAUUUCUACCAAACCAACAAGAAAAUCACAAUCAAGUCGUAAGGGAAAGAAAGCUUGGAGAAAAAAUGUUAAUAUUACGGACUUAGAAAAAACAUUAGAAGGAAUAAGGGCUGAAGAAAGAACAUUUGGGUUUGUAUUUUACGAAAAAAUCUUCACAAUUGAUACAACGGGUGACAUUAAUAUUAAGAGAAAGAUCAGUAAAAGAUUUGCUAAACUAAAAAUUGAUCAAAUAUUGGAGGAUAGAAGUAAAAUUCCUGCAAUCAUUUCAAAAACUACAAAAAAAAAUAAAAAUGGCAAAAAUUCUAAAAUUAGAUCAGAGAAAAUGACGAAACCAAAAAAUCUUGUAGAAGUUGUUCAAGGUUCUAUACCCACUGAGGCUUUAUUGAGGACUGUUGAAUAUGAUGUAUGGGAUGAUGAAAUUAAAUCUCAAGAUGAUAACGAUAAUUACUUACAUCCCGCAAAGAAACGUAAAGUUAAGCCGCCUCCGACCAUAAAUAUCAAACCACCUGACACUAUUCCAGUUGUACACGUUCCACAUCCAGGUGCUAGUUACAAUCCAACAUUUGAGGAUCAUCAGGCACUUCUUAAAAUUGCUCAUGAGGAAGAAGUGGUCAAAUUACAUCAAAAACAAAAACUACAAUCUCAAUUCCCCGUAUUAUCUGAAGCUUUAUCAUCGGUAGAUAAUGAUCAGAAUGAUGGGAAUUCUUCAGAAGAUGAAGUUGAGGAUUAUGAAGAAAAUGGUAAAGAGACCAUAAAGCAAGUUAAAAAUGAACGUAAAAAAUCAAGAACGGAACGAAAUAGAGAAAAGAGAAAUUUUGCUAAAUUAAAAGAAGAGCAAGAGAAAAAAGCUAAAAAGGAAUUCAGAAAGGAAUUAGUAAAGCUCUCUGAAAUAAUUCAAAGCGUUGAACGCGAACAUACGGAACGAGAGAAACAGCAAGUUGAAAAGAUGAAGGCAGCUGAGGAAAAGUCAAAAUUGCCUUUGAAAAAGAUCGGAAAAUAUCCUAUACAACUUCAGGAAGAAUUGUCUGGAUCGUUAAGAACAUUAAAGCCGGAAGGAAAUCUAUUCAGGGACAGGAUGGUUAGUUUGGAAGAACGCAAUAUUGUAGAACCUCGAGUGAAA